AUGAUUAACGAGAAUAGGAGGCAAGAAAUUAUGUCAAGAUUGAAAUAAGAGAGAGAGCAAAGGAAGAAAUUGAUAGAAGAUGGCAAUGUUGAAACUAUUUACAUUGAUAAAUCUUUAAUAGAAACACCAAGCAUUGGUAAAGAAGAAUAUUCAGAAACUUAAUCAUAAAUUACAGAUGAAAGCAAAAUUAGUUAAUAUAGUAGACAAACACCUGAUAUUUUAAAAGUUUAAUAAGAAAAGUUAUAGGCGAUGAAAUAGAACUUAUUCAAAAAUAAAGAGAGCAAAAAACAGACAUAUAUUGAUAAAUUAGCAGAACCUAAAACUAUUGUAUAAGAAGAGAGGGAGCAUUAAAAAUUAGAAUAAGAGAAAAAAAUGGUAUAUCAUUAAAUUAUUUAAGUUGGCUGAAUUAUCUUUCAGACCAGAAUUAAGUGAUUAGACUAAUUUGCUUGCAUAAAUUAAAUAUUCAAAAUUUGAAGGAAUGCCAAUAUAUGAGAGACUAUAAUUUUUAGAAUAAGAAAGACAAGCACAUAUUGAUGAAUUAAAAUUGAUGAUUAAUUAAUAAGAAGAAGAAUAACCUAUAAAUAAGGUUCCUAGACCAUAUGGUGAUAAACCUCCUUUAUAUGAAAGAUAUUAAUAAGUUAUGUAAGAUAAAAAGGCAUUAAUUGAAUAUUUAAAAGCAAAAUAACUUAGAGAGGAAGAAGAUUUAUUUAAACCUCGAAUUAAUUUAUAAUCUUAAAUUUUAGCUGAAAAAAAUAAAAUAGAUGGUUUGAAUGUAGUUGAUAGAUUAAUAUAGGAUGGCAUAAGAAAAUAAAAUAUUAUUUAUGAGGAUGAUCUACCUUAUGAUUUUCAACCUUAAACUAAUUAAUAAAUUAAUGAUCAAAUAGUUAAAGGGGAUUUUAAUUAGAGAUAAGAAGAAUUCAACAGAAAAUAACUAGAAAAGAAUAUGGAUUUAGAAAGUAAGGCUUAUAAAGAUUAUACAUUCAGACCAAAGUUAAAUAAGUAAAGUGAAUAAAUAGCAAAUCGAAAGAUCUCUUAAGAUUCAUUAUUUGAUAGAUUAUAUAGUGAAUAUUAAACUAGAUAAUCAUAUAUUGAAGAUAAGAAAUAAGAAGAUAUAAACAAAUUAAAUUUUAAUCCAGAAUUAAAUCCUAAGUCAAUGGAAAUGGCUGUAGAUAGAACAUUAUAAGAUUUGAUAAAAAAUGAAUAUGGAGAAUAUAGAAAAUAGUUAUUAAAAGAAGUUAAUUAAUUGAAUUAUUUUAUAGAAAUAUGAUGACUCUGAUAAAGAAUGUUCAUUCUAUCCAAGUGUAUCAACAUCAAUGAAAUAUUCAUAAAUGCAUUCCUAAUAUAGUUUUGAUGAUUGUCAUGAAAAGAUUAAAUAAUAUUAAACUGAUAGAGAAUAAAGAAGAUCUUAAUUAAAAAAGUAAUAAUUUUACUAUACUAAGGUAGUAAGAAGAUGAAUAAUUGAAAUAGUGUACAUUUAAACCAUAAAUAAAUAAAAAAACUAUAGAUAACAACAAAUAAAUUGAAGUAUAUGGUUUAGAAUCUUUUAUGCAUAAAGUUGAUAUGACUAAUAAGAAAAAAGAUCAAUAAUAAUUGGUUGAAUAAAAACUUUUUAAAAAACAUGAAAAUUAUGAUUACAAUAAACAUCAAGAUAAAACAAAUUGUCAACCAUUUAAACUAUCUAGUAAUUAAGCUAUUAAAAACUCAUAUAAAAAAUGA